UCUGUGCAGGGACAAGGUGGCACUGGGUGGUCCUUGUGGGUCCUUCCAGCUCAGGAGAUCCUCUGAAUUAGGAGUGACUUGAUAAAACGCUUCAUAUAAAAGCGAUAUACUGGAAUGACCACAUCCUUUGCUUUGGUUCCGUGACCUAACAAGGUCUAAACGCGGCACGGGCGGUGCGGGGCCGGCCCCGGGAGCAGUUCCGGGGCAGCCGCGGCGUGAGGGCGGUGCGGGGCCGGCCCCCGGAGCAGUUCCGGGGCCACGCGGGGGCGGCUCCCGCUUCCUUGGCGGGCUGUUCGAGCGCGAUGUCCGGUGUCACUGCCCCUCCCUCGGCGGGCGAUUCGAAAACCAUGUCGGUCGGGCAGGACCCUUUGUCGCUGUGCCCGGCGCUGGAGUACUCGCUGUCGCUGCUGGAGCCGGGCGCGGGCCGGGCCGAGGAGCAGCGGCGGCGGGCGGAGGCGGCCCCCAUGCCCAUGGUGUUCCUGUGCGCCGGCUGCAGGCGGCCCGUGGGCGACACCUCCAGCUGGGUGUCCAACGACGAGGAGAGCGGCUGCAUCCUGCUGCGCAGUGUGGCCGCCAGCGUCGCCGUGGACCCCGAGCGGAAGAUCUCCAAUCUCCCCGGCGAGUGCGGAUGUGUAGUAGAAACCUUAUUCUGCUCUGGCUGCUCAAAGACACUUGGCAGCAUCUACAGGUGCACCUCAAGGAACCUCGACUACAAGAGAGAUUUGUUCUGUUUCAAUGUUGACUCUGUUGAAAGCUACAUUCUAGGAACCCCGGAGAAGCGAGCUGUUAUUAAUGAGGAGCCUCUUACUCUUGAAAGUCAAGCUGUCUUGCAAGAUGUGCUGGAAAAGGUGGAUAUGGUAUUCAAAGUUCUGGAGACAAGACUGACCACUGUGGAGUCCCGUGUGGCUGCUCUGCAAAGGCAGGUCUGACAGGAAAUACCUGCUGAACUGCAGGAGAAGGGCAAGGGUGAAAGCUGGCCCUGUGAUCCUCUGGGAUCUGUGGGAACAUUACAAAGACUGUGGAAGAGCUGAGGGCCAUGGGUGGCCUGUGUGGUGGGGGAGCAGAACUGGCUGAGGCUGUGUCCCAGCCAAGGACUUCCUCUUACAUCCCUCAAAAGGAUACCCCAGGGCUUUUUUUCUUAAUAAAGACUUCUGUGCAGACAAUCUGUUGACUUCUAGUUUAAUGUAAAUAUUACUUAAUUUUCUGUCUCUGAAAGCAAAACAUUUAUCUCCUGACUUCCCUGAUAUUCAGUAUCUACUGAACUGGGUGUGCAUUUUCCUAAGCUAAUGAAAAACCUCCCUGUGAUGCUGUGAUUUCCAAAGGAACAGCAUUAAGUCACUCAUGUUGUCCUUGUCUCCAUAGCUUUAGCUGGACUUGUGCUCAAAGACAGGAAUGACUCAGUAACUGUAUGAGGUGAAUUGCUAGUUUGGUGGGGGUUUUUUGCAAGUUCAGGGAUAAAAUGUGACGUAAGAAAAGGCUUUUUUUGCAGCAUUAGAUUUUUGCAGUCUUGCAGCUUUUCAAGCUUUUCACGUCACCUCAUUCAGAUUUAAACUCUCUUGAAAUAUGCUUAAUUUUUUUCAUUAUUAUUGUUCGUUUUUGGUUUGAUUUGGUUUUGUUUUUUGGCUUAGGAAAAUUUAACAGAUCUCACUUUUUUCUUCUCCAGUUGAGUGUAGUGUUAUCUUCUUAAUUCAAAAAACAUUUGCUGUGUGGAAAAACCAUCUUGCCUUGUGAGAGGACAGGUAGGAACUGUUUUAAUGGCCAGUGCCACAGUGCCCUGUACCACACAGAUUCCCAGGAAGUGGGGAGCCCUCUGCCAGGCAGACACACCUGGCCAGGUUCCUGUGGAUGCCACUGCUGGACCCGGCUGAUGAGGUGAUAACCAGCCUGGCUUUAUUGCCAGAGUAAAACUCAUCAGUUUUCCUAUGAAUCCCAGCAAACUGGUCCCAAAGGCUUUGUCACUCAGUCUCUGCUACCAUUGGUUUGGAGAGGUUGGAUCCCAGUUAUUCACACCAGGAGUGCCCCUGCAUCCUUUUUCCCCACUUUUCUGUUCCAGUUAUGGGAGAUACUUGGGUUUUGGUUUUUUUCCCCCUGCAGUUCACUGCAGAUCGCAAAAAACCCACAGGAGGGAAGAUCAUUACUUGUGCUUCCACCACCAGGUGAGGAGCCUGACUUUGGCAUGUUUAUGGAAGUGGCCAAGCAGCUUUUACUUCUGGGGUUCCCGUAGUCUGUCCAUGGCAGGUCCAGCCUGUGCUUCACCUUGGAGCCCUCAGUCCGCAGGGAAAUGAACCUUUGGGGAAGUUCUUACAGCUCUACGUAAUGCUUUAUGAAUUAUGAUGAUUUUCUGGAAGUAGGGUGUCCAUUCUGACCCAUUUUCUUCCCUCUCCCUGCAGAUUGUACCUGCUGAAAGGCUGAGGUGAGACCAGGAUCUGUAAAAUCCCUGACUCCCUGUCUUCCUGAGGCUGAAGCCAUGUUUGCUGUCAAUGACGACUUAGUGGAAGAUGCUGAAGACUGAAAGCUUCGGGUUUUUUCCCCUGAAUCCCAAGGGUCUCUCUGCAGCUGUGCCCUGUCUAUCUCUUAAAAGAGUUUCUGGGUUUAGAAAGGUUUUUAUAUUCUGCAAUAUUUAUCUAUAACUCAAUUAAGAGGAAUCAUACUGUAUCAAUGUGGUGUUUAUUUUUUUUUGAGUUGGCUAAUUAAAGCAAA